AUGUGUCGUCUUCACAGGAAUGCAAACAGAGAAGAACUGGGUGAGCAGCCCAACUUUAAUUACCAAGGCCUCCUUUUUUUUCCCCGGGCAUUGCCCAGCACUCAGCCCAGCCCCUGGCCCGUAGGAGCGGGGGCCACACGAACAAGCACAAACGGGAAGUGGGCUGGGCACAAUUGGUGUGAGGCUGCGCUUCUCGAUGGAACCUCACAACUGAGAAAGUCAGACUCCAAGGGUCCAAACAGGGGCCCGCUAGAAACAGACGAAUCUCUUGGCAACCUGGGGCUGAUUAUCUCCACUGUCAGCCGUGGCAGCCAAUCGAAGCGUGUUGAUGUGACGGGCUGUGGCGGAUCCUGCCCUCCCAGUGGGGUCUUCACUGCGAUGCAGAAUUCGACAAAACCAGUGCCGGGCUGCGGCGCCGGCAACUACCCCGUUAGCUCGGUCGAUUUUGUCGGGUCGCAACGGUGUUCCAUCCUUCGCCAGAGCCAAAGGUUACCCAUACCGAACCUGAUGGUUCACCGCUCCUUGAGACGUUGUCUUUGUCACUGUUUGGCCCGCCCGACACACUGUGCGACCCUCGCAAUCCACGGCAGCGACGGCCCAAAGAACCAAACAAGCUCCGCCGAAGACUUGCAGGGGACAGACAUCUUCAGGCCGCGAACCUGCAUGCCGCCAGCAAACAAGCAGUCCGAGACUUGGCCUGACCAUCUGCAGCACGGCUCCUGA